AUGAACACGUUUCUGAGCCACCCAAGUCUGGACAAAUCACUCCCCCGCGUCCCAGCCGAUGCAGAUGCUUAUCAUAUUGAGCUCGAAAUUUCCAUUGACAUCGACAGCGUGACCCAUGACCAAGACUUUUAUGAGGAAGUUGCCGAUAAGAUAUUGCCAGCGGAGCCACCUCUACAGCAUACAAUCCUCGUCCUUGGGGAAACUGGCGUUGGCAAAUCGACCCUGAUCAACGCGCUUGCCAAUUACCUCACUUUCGACAAGAUCACCGAAAUCGUACAAAGUGAGGUGUUAACCUUGAUUCCGACGUGCUUCUUCCUCUAUGACGUCGAUACUGAUCAAGAAAUUGAGAUUACCUCAAAUAGGCUUGCUGUGACUGGUUUCGAUCCAGUCGAAGAUGAUCGCCACAUGAAUGCGGCGAACAACGAGAAACAUACUAUCGGUACCUCUUCCACACAGCAUCCCAGAACAUAUGGGUUCAGUUCAUCCCUCUCGUCGGGCCGCCGAGUGAUAUGCCGAAUCAUCGACACUCCUGGAAUGGGCGACACUCGUGGUAUCGAUCAAGACAAGAAGAAUAUGGAUCUCAUCAUCAAGUACAUCGCAGACUAUCCCGAGAUCAACGGCAUCCUCAUGCUGUUGAAGCCAAACAACAGUCGGCUCACUACCUGGUUCCGCUUCUGCAUCAAAGAGCUUCUCAAGAGUUUGCACAAGGACUGUGUCAAGAACAUCAUUUUCAUGUUCACCAAUGCCAGAAGCACCCUCUAUCGACCCGGCGACACCAUGCCUGCUUUGAAGAAGCUACUUGGAGAGGUGAAGCGUGACUCGGGCGUCGAUAUCCCUGUCAACAAGAGUAAUCUUUUCAUGGUCGACAACGAGGCCUAUCGAUACCUCCUUGCGAGAGGCAAGGUUCACUUCACUGAGGAUGAGGAGAGCGACUUUCACAACUCAUGGAAGAAGUCAUCCGAAACAUGCCAAAGGCUUUUAGACACCAUUGCCGAUAUCGAGAGCCACAAUCCUGAGAAAACCAUCGUCCUGUACAAGGCACGGGAAAAAGUCUUGGAACUUUGCAAACCCAUCGUCGAUGUUGGUUCGUCCAUCACCAAAAAUACCAGAGCCCUGUCGAGCCAAGUUGAGGCACUAGGUUCAAGCGAAAGCACAGCAGAAAAUCUCCGCAGUACUCUCAAAGUCAACUAUACUUACGCCGACAAGGAGUACCUUUCCCACAAUGUUUUAGUUUGCUCGCAUCAAGACUGCAGCAAGCACACCAAAGAUGAGAAUGGACGAAAUGUGACCGACCAUGUAACCAAGUGUUCCGAGCCUCAUUACUUAGCAAACUCUCGCAUCGGGAUGGUUGGCGAUCCGUUGCUUCAGAAUUCAUCAAUGUUCUAUGAGCGAAACUGCAGGUAUUGCGGCCACAGCUUCACCUACCACCUUCAAAUCAACUGGAGGAUAGUGUAUAGAACGAAGCAAAUCAUGAACAGACACGCAACAAGCCAAAUCAACAACGAGACCGAAGUCGGUCGCAAGCUACAAAUCUCCAUACAGGCUCUCAAGUACAACAUCUCCCGCCUCAAUCGUGAAGAAGAGCGCUUGAUAGGAAGUGCCUCCAUAUAUGCCUCCUUUGUCAAAGAAAAUGGCAUCAUACUCUUCAAUGAUGCGAUUGUUGAAUACCUCAACCAUCUUAUUGACGAGGCGAAGAGCUCAAGCGCAGAGGUCUCUCAUGCAUCAUACGGAGGGACGAGUCCCCUUCAAAGACUGAGCGAUCUCAAGCAGAUAUAUGAAAGCGAGAAAAAGGUCAUCCUUGGUGCACUUGCCAAGCACACCGGCCCCAUUCCAACACAAGAGGAGAUGAAGAAGGCCUUAGGCUUGAUUCCACCCGAACCCCCGCGAAUCGACAUAUCCCCACCAACUACUUUCACGUCAAGCAACAAAUUUGAAGUCACUACUCCUUGUCUAAGGGUAUUCUUUAUCUUUUUUGCGGGUAUGAUUUUUUUGAUCGUCUUCUCCGCGAGUCGCUAGACAAAUCCCCGAUUCAGCUGGCAUCAACUUCUUCCAUUCAGUUUGCCAUUUCUUGGUUGUCCAGUUCAAGUUUCUUCCCUGGUCGAUAUUGCAACCAACCUGGCUCAACUUCAAGCAUUUGAUACAU